AUGGAAGAGAACCAGAGCCGUCGCAACAAUAUUAGAAUUGAUGGAAUCCCUGAGGAACCCGAUGAAACUUGGGAAGACACUGAAAGUAAAGCUAAAGUGGCGUUAGAAUCCAAACUCAAUCUUCCUUUCAAGGUGGAAAUCGAGCGAGCUCAUCGUACUGGUAAAGUUAAUCGGCACUCUGACGACAACGCUUCAUCUACGCGUCCUCGUACAGUUAUUUGUCGCCUGGUAAGCUGGAAGCAAAAGGAUCCAAUAUUAAAGGCCGCGAGGAUUGUAAAGCCAGACGGAAUGUUUGUCAAUGAAGAUCUUGCGGUUGAAACUCUUCAAAGGCGUAAAGAUCAACUGCCGAAACUAAAACAAGCAAAGCAAGCCGGAAAGAUUGCCGGAUCUUGUUUACUGUGGGUAAUGUCGACCGAGAUAUCGGUCGAUAUAGCGGUCGAUAUAGCGGUCGACACUCGGUCGAUAGUCGGUCGACACUCGGUCGACAGUCGGUCGAUAUAGCGGUCGAUAGUCGGUCGAUAGUGGGUCGACACUCGGUCGAGACACGGCCGAUAGUCGUUCCAGAUGUGUCUCGGCCGAUAUAGCUUUUCGUUCACCGACACUUCGCCGACUUUUCGCCGACAUUUCGCCGACACUUCGCCGAUACUUGGUCGAUAGUUGGUCGAUACUUGACCGAUGUGUCGGUCAGUAAUUGGUCGACACUCGGUCGAUGGUCGGUCGGCAUUUCCUACAUUUUCCUACAUUUUUGCGGGACCACAGGAGCAGCAGAUUUAACUUAGGCUGAGACAGGUUCUGUUUAACAGCUAAAACUCAGACGAUCGGUGAUGAUAUAAACUGGAAAAAAAGGUUAUCAUGUCCUUAGUUCCCAGUGCUCUUCGGUUCUCUUCAUCGCGCAAUCGCGCCUUGCACUGCCACAUGUCCCUCAUCGCAUGAUAACAGUAAUUAAUGACGUCUUUGCUUAAAAAAAAAGCCAUUGGACUCACCUGAUAAAUUAACACACGACUAAUAUUCGAACGACAGUUGACCGAUAUACCAACGACAGUUCACCGAUAUACCACCGACAGUUGACUGAUAUAUCACCGACAGUUGACCGAUAUAUCACCGACAGUUGACCGAUACAUCACCGACAUAUGACCGAUAGUAAGUCGAGGUGCGUCGACGAAAUAUCGACCGAUACUCGGUCGAUAGUCUAUCUCACUAUCGACCGACUAUCGACCGACUAUCGACCGACUGUCGACCGCUAUAUCGAUUGACUGUCGACCGCUAUAUCGACCGCUAUGUCGACCGAUAUCUCAGUCGACAUUACCCACAGUAAACAAGAUCCAGAUUGCCUACUUUGUGUUGGAUAAAUUGAUAAUCAAAGACAGACCCUCGAUCUAG